AUGUCCAUAUCUGUGAAUGUGGCUUUACUCAGCGGACAACAAAUCGUGAUUGACGCCACGCCUGAUGCUUCAGUCGGUGAUCUCAGAAAUUCUGUAGAGGAGGAGUUGGGACAAACAGUGGGCCAGCUGGUCGCGUCAUCUGGGAAGGUUUUGUCUCGAGCCAGCACAGUGGAAGAAGCUGGUGUGCAAGAUGGCGAGACGUUGACAGCUGUCAUUUGCAGUGACCGCAUCGUUUCGUCUUGCCGAUCGAGGGCGUUCGCACUUAUCCGGCGCGAUGGCUCUGUAGUGACUUGGGGCCAUCCAAGUUUCGGAGGUGACAGCAGCAGCGUGCAGCUGCAUGAUGUGAAGGAUAUUCAAGCAUCUCAUGGAGCAUUUGCUGCAAUUCUUUCUGAUGGGUCGGUGGAAACUUGGGGACAUGCCUUUUUCGGCGGAAGCACAGCUCGAGUGCAAACGCAAUUGCUCAACGUAGUCAAGAUCGCGGCAUGCUUUUGUGCCUUUGCAGCCAUUCUGGCAGACGGGUCUGUUGUAACGUGGGGAUACCCUGAGGUAGGUGGCGACAGCUCUUCAGUGAAGGACCAUCUGAAAGGGGUUCGCGAGAUCACCGCCUCAAACGGAGCGUUUGCAGCACUUCUUUCAGCUGGUUCAGUAGUCACCUGGGGAAAUGCUGAUCUGGGUGGUGAUAGCACGAAUGCCCAGCACCGACUUCAAAACAUCCGAGAGAUUCGAGCUUCUGGGGGCGCUUUCGCUGCAAUCACGACGGAAGGUUCCGUUGUGACCUGGGGCUCCCCGAAUCAUGGGGGAUCCGCAGACUUGGUCCAACCACAGUUGACAACUGUACAGACCAUCCAAGCGACAAACGAUGCUUUUGCGGCAGUUCUGGCAGAUGGAUCUGUGGUGACCUGGGGUGAUCGGGUUCACGGAGGGGACAGCCGGGAAGUCCAACAUCAGUUGAAGAAUGUGCAGCAGCUUGAGGCUUCUGGCGGUGCUUUUGCAGCCGUACUGGGCGACGGAUCUGUCGUGACUUGGGGUGAUGCCGACGCGGGUGCUGAUUCAUCCGAGGUACAAGCAUCACUCCAUGAAGUUCGCCAGAUCAGGGCUUCACGCUAUGCAUUCGCAGCGGUUUGUGGCGAUGGGUCCGUCGUGACCUGGGGCAACCCAGAGCAUGGUGGUGACAGUAGCGGAGUGCAGCACCAAUUGAAAGAUGUGCUGCAAGUUGAAGCCUCCCAGCGUGCGUUUGCAGCGUUGCUAGCAGACGGAUCUGUGGUCUCUUGGGGAAAUUCAGCGUUUGGUGGUGGUGGUAUCCCCGGCCAUUUGGGAGAUACCGAAGCAUUCCGAGAGACGUGGGAGGUACCGGCUUGA